UUUCUAAUUGCUAUUGAAGUUCUCUACCCUCAGAGUGGAAUCUGGGCAUCACCUGUUCUUGCCAAUUCGCUGGAAUGAAUUCCUGCUAAUUCUGAUCCAAGAGGUUCAUAGAACAACUGACAAAUUUCAUGUGGAAGUAGCAGAGAUAUCUGAGAUUCUUCAACCUCUAUAUCGAAUCAGUACCAUAGAAAAUGAGGGCUUUCUCCUCCAUCCACUGCAUUAAGCCCUCACUUUUACCAAGAAGGUUUCCAUCUUUCACAAGGACGUAUCUUUCUCUUCCCAAACAACUCUUCAUCUGCCGAGCAAAGUCUGCCGAAUCCAGUGCAGAUGGAUCUAUCAGCUUUCGAACAGUUCCUUCAACCCUGCUGAUUGCAGAAAAAGAAGAGGCUAAAGCGGUAUUGACCUUGUUCUUGAAAAAGCAGGGUUUGAGCAAUGCAAUUGCAACAAGGAUAGCCAACAAGUCAGACCUCUUCAUCGACCACCUUCUGUCAAGGCUCCAUUCUGUCCAUAAGUCCCGAUAUCUAGUAGGAAGAGAGCUUACCACCCUUGAGAUCAGGGAUGCUCUUAUCCCAUAUCUUGAAUCCUUCCUUGAAGAACAUGGAGAUUUUCUGGUUACUAUGGUUGAAAACUUUCCAGAUCCACCUGGGAAAGAAAGGCCUAUCAAUCCUGCUUCUCCAAGCAAUUCAACUAUCAAUUCCAUGAAAUUAAAGGCCAUGGCACAAGUGAGUGAGAUAAUCCCUGAGGGGCAGCUUCCCCCAAGAGUAAUCUACCUCUUGGACCUUGGGAUGGAAAUGGAUCAGAUCAAGGGAAUGACCCGCAGGUUCCCUGCUUUUGUUCACUACAGCUUAGAGGGGAAAAUCAUGCCACUGGUUGAGUUUCUGCUCAACCUUGGUAUACCCAAAUCGGCCAUCCCCACCAUCCUUAAUAAAAGGCCUCAGUUGUGUGGUAUGAGCAUCUCUGAAAACCUUAUACCUUCAAUGACAUACUUGGAGAAUUUAGGAGUGGACAAAAGCCAGUGGGCAAAGGUAAUACAGCGUUUCCCUGCACUGCUCACUUAUAGCAGGCAGAAGUUGACGGCAAGUGUAGAUUUCUUCAAGGAAUUGGGCCUUUCUGCAGAAAGCAUAGGGAAGAUUCUUACACGCUGCCCACACAUUAUAAGUUACAGCGUCGAAGAAAAUCUACGGCCAACAGCUGAGUACUUCCAGUCAAUGGGUGUUGACGUCGCUGUUCUACUCCACCGCUCACCACAGACAUUUGGUCUAAGCAUUGAGAACAAUUUGAAGCCCGUGACAGAGUUUUUCUUGGAGAGGGGAUACAGCAUGGGGGAUGUCAGAACCAUGGUUUCGAGAUAUGGAGCUCUGUAUACUUUCAGCCUCAAAGGGAAUUUGAUACCAAAAUGGGAUUUCUUCAUAUCCAUGUAUUAUCCACAGUCAGAGCUUGUUAAAUUCCCUCAGUAUUUUGGCUACAGUUUGGAGGAGAGGAUUAAACCAAGGUAUGCUCGGGUGCAAGAAUGUGAAGUAAGAUUAUUGUUGAACCAACUCCUCUCUCUUUCGGAUUCUCAAUUCAAAGAGGCCUUGAAGAAGAAGAUGAAGAGAAGUCUUGAUGGUUAGGCUUCUAAUAGUGCAACAGAUGGGUGAUGAUCUUGAUUAACAGAUGGUUAGACUUAAAAUAUAGUGUGUAGAUCCCAACAAAUGAAAAUGUGAUGCCCUUCUUGUUAGUCAUAAAUUGUCAAAUUGAAAACCCUUUUUUUUU